UCUCUAGACACUAGAGUUACAGACAAGUCUAGCUUAGAGUGAGUCUACUAGCUAGUACUUGGUAGCUAAACUCUGCCAGUGGUUUGUCAAAAUUUUGUACACAAAAAUAAUGGAGUAUUUGGAAGUGCAAAAACAUGCAAAUGAUGAAACUCUUAAAAGUAUACCUUCUUAUGUUUUGGAUGAUUUAAGCAGCCGCUUCAUCAUUAACAGUCGCCCUGAAGAAAUAACCUCAAUAAUCAGAAUAUUUUUCCUUGUUGAGAAUGCCUACUGGUUCUAUUUAGAUUUUCAUAGAGUUGAGAAUCCUCAGUUACGGGAAUGCAACCUGAAAGAGUUUGCCUUCAACUUGAUAAGCCACUGCCCUCAGCUAAAGCAGUACACUGCAGACUUUGACAAACACUUUGAUGCAUGGAAGCAAUACAAGAGAACAAUUGCUACAUGUGGAGCCAUUAUUCUUGAUCAAGAACUCAAACAUGUUCUAUUGGUGCAAAGCUAUUCAAGCAAAAACAGCUGGGGGUUUCCAAAGGGGAAAAUAAAUUUAAAUGAAGCUCCAGAUGACUGUGCAGCAAGAGAGGUGUUUGAGGAGACAGGGUUUGACAUAAAACCUUACAUGGACCCACAAGAGUACCUAGAAAAGUGUUCCAAUGAACAAGUGUGUAGACUCUACAUUGUGUCUGGUGUCCCUCUUAAUUCAACUUUUAUUCCAAAGACAAGGCGAGAAAUCAGAGACAUCCAAUGGUUCCCCAUGAAUACUCUCCCAACCCACAGGGGUGAUCAAACACUGAAAGAGGUGGUUGGAUUGAAUUUAAACUUGUAUACCAUCACACCUUUUCUCAAGUCUCUAAGAAUUUGGAUAAAAAAUCACCUUCUCGAUACACCUUCUCAGUCGUCAAAACAAAGAAGUCGGAUGAAGCAGCAAAAACUGUUCUCUCAACAGAACUACAAUCAGUAUCAAGAAUUCAUGCAGCUUAAGAAAGGAAAGUCAGCUGCCAAAAAUGUUUUAGCACAAAAAACUUCCACAUCAUCAGUGAGGUAUUCCAAAGAAAUUGAGGUUGAGGAAACUAAUAUUAAACAGGGGCGACGAGGCAUGACAGUAUUUCAAUCUCUAUUUGGUAACAAAGAUACACAGCAUGUGGUUGAAUUUAAAGCACCGGUUGUGGACACCAAUUCAUUUUACUCACACACUUGGUUCAACUUUACAAUAGAUGAGGACACAGUGAUGGAGGCAUUCCCUCAUGAAGGAACUUAUUUUUUACCCUCACAUUUCACCCAACAAAAAGAAUUAGUUCUAGGAAAGUCAUAGGUACUAUGUAGCUUUGUUUCAGUUGCCAACAACUGAGGUGUACCAUAGUAUUGAAUUUUGAAGCAGUUUAAUGACAGGUCACAAAACCAUGAGCUGCUGCUUGGCAAGGGUUGUUGGUCAUGUCCUGAAGUUAUCCAACAUUUUUUUUACAACAAUUUCUUAUGAUUCUUGGGAAAUGUUGGAAGUGAAUAUCAUACAAUUUUAUUAAUGCAAAAAGGCGACAAUGUAAAAAAAAAUCACAUCUUUACUUCU